UAAACAGUACAGAUGCCACGAAGAAGAACUUCCUCGCAGGGCGUGGUGGGAUAGCAGUCUUCCUCAGUGGAGGACUGAACAGUGCCCCAGCUGGCUGGCUAGCUGCAGAGAGAAGAUGGCUGCAGAGGGGAUUUUCAGGCCAGUGUCUGAAAACAGAGCGCCGUUUGUCAUGUUGAACGACGACUAGCCCCAGCGUGUCACCCCGGUUGUUGUGUCGGUCGGUUCCGCCUGGAUUCGUCGGAGGGGAUAAAACAACAUGGGGUCGCAGACUUUGCAGAUCCUGAGGCAGGGGGUCUGGGCUUCAAUCACAGGCGGAUGGUACUACGACCCCGAUCAGAAUACGUUCGUCAACGCUUUACAUCUCUACAUCUGGCUCUUUCUGCUAUGUUUCCCCUUCACGCUGUACAUGGCCCUACCGCCAACCAUGGUGAUAGUGGGAAUCUACUGUGGUGUGAUUGCUGCCAUGUUCCUGCUGCUGAAGACGGUGAAUUACCGCCUCCACUAUGCCUUGGAUGAGGGGGAGGUGGUGGAGCAUCAGGCUAAGGAGAAUCAGGGGAGCAGAGGUGGCACAGAGGGGGCUAUUGAUGGAGGCGUGACCCGAAGGGAGGACAGCAAUGGCCCAGGGGACCCUGGAGGGGGUAUUGAGAUGGCAGACUUCAUCCGACAAGAGACUCCACCAGUGGACUGCAGUUCCAGGAACUCCUAUAUUGGGAUGGAGUCUAACCAGCAGACCAGCUCUACACAUUCUAACUGGCCAAUGAUGUCUCUCAUCACGACAGCCCCAGGAAGUGAGGAGACGGUCAUAUUUCGCCGCGAACGUAGCACAUUUCGUCGGCAGGCUGUGCGGCGGCGACACAACGCAGGGAGUAACCCCACCCCACCCACCUCCAUCAUUGGAUCUCCUCUCAGUCUUCAGGAGGCUCUCAACCAGGCCUCCCAGCCUUCUACUUCCCAGGUGAAAAGUCAGCCAUCCAGAACCUCGUCCCAGGUUACAGUGCUGAGCGCUAGCGCGUCCCUGCUGGCCAGGAAUGGAAGCGCACACCUGGAGGGUUCUCAGGACAAGGCCUCAACUGUUGGUGCCACCAGCUUGCAGGAGGACUUCGGAAAGCUCACUCCCUCUUUAUAUGAGGCUGGCGGAUGUGAUAUGUCGCUGGUCAAUUUUGAACCUGCAACCAGACGAGCCUCCAAUAACAUAUGGGAUACGGACUCCCACCUCUCCAGUUCUACCUCAGUUCGCUUUUACCCUCAUGACCUGAUCUCCCUCCCUCAGAUCCGUUUGAACCGUCUGCUGACUAUGGACCCAGAGCUGCUGGAACAGCAGGACGGAGAUCUGAGUCCGGAGCUUCAGGAUGCACCACUGGGACAAGAGGAUCCUGCGGGCUCUGCUGCAGCUGGGAAAGCGAAGCAGUACUACCGUCUGUGGCUUCUCCCGUACCUGUGGGUCGGCCUGCACUUUGACCGACUUACCCUGCUGGCGCUGUUCGACAGGAACCGUGAGGUUUUAGAGAAUGUGUUGGCAGUGGUGCUGGCUGUCCUUGUGGCCUUUCUGGGUUCCGUGCUGCUGGUUCACGGCUUCUUCACUGAUAUCUGGGUCUUUCAGUUCUGCCUCGUCAUUGCAAGCUGCCAGUAUUCCUUACUAAAGAGUGUUCAACCAGACUCCUCUUCCCCUCGUCAUGGCCAUAAUCGUAUCAUAGCAUACAGCCGGCCUGUCUAUUUCUGCCUGUGCUGUGGCCUCAUUUGGCUGCUCCACUACAGCAGUCUGCGGACCACUUCCUCUCGCUUCACCCUGUAUGGAGUCGCACUCACCAGCUCCCUGGUGCUCACCUCUGCCAGGGACCUCGUCAUAGUCUUUACUCUGUGUUUUCCCAUCAUCUUCUUUGUGGGGCUGCUGCCACAAGUCAAUACGUUCGUCAUGUAUCUCUUCGAGCAGCUGGACAUCCAUGUGUUCGGGGGCAAUGCCUCUACAAGCCUUCUGUCAGCACUGUACAGCAUCCUGCGCAGCAUCGUCACUGUCGCUCUGCUUUACGGCUUCUGCUACGGAGCUCUGAAGGAGACCUGGGAGCCUCAUCACAUCCCUGUGCUAUUUUCUGUAUUCUGUGGCCUCUUGGUGGCAGUGUCUUACCACCUGAGCCGGCAGAGCAGUGACCCCUCUGUCCUCCUCUCACUGGUACAGUCCAAGAUUUUACCCAAUUUAAGAGACAAAAAUCCAGAAGACCCCCUGUCAGAGGUCCAGGACCCUCUGCCAGAGAAACUUAGGUCUUCAGUGAAUGAGCGUUUGCAGUCUGACCUGAUCGUCUGUGUGGUCAUUGCUGUCCUUUACUUCGCCAUCCACGUUAGCACAGUAUUCAUAGCGCUGCAGCCUUUCCUCAGUUAUGUCCUGUAUGCUCUGCUGGGGACGGUGGGGUUGCUCACCCACUACCUGCUGCCUCAAGUUCGCAAGCAGCUACCCUGGUACUGCUUCUCUCACCCUCUUUUAAAAAACAAGGAGUACUACCAGUUUGAAGUCAGGGAUGCAGCCCAUGUAAUGUGGUUUGAAAAGCUGCACGUGUGGCUGCUGUUUGUGGAAAAGAACGUUCUCUAUCCACUCGUUAUUCUCAACGAGCUCAGCGGCAGCGCCAGAGAGCUGGCCAGCCCGAAAAGACUCGACACCGAAAUCGGCGCACUGAUGAUCACAGUGGCAGGCCUGAAACUGCUUCGCUCCUGCUACAGCAGUCCUACCUACCAGUAUGUGACGAUCCUCUUCACUGUCCUCUUCUUCACCUUUGACUACCGUCAACUGUCGGAGACGCUGUUGCUUGACCUCUUCCUGAUGUCUAUCAUUUUCAGCAAGAUGUGGGAGCUGUUCUAUAAGCUGCACUUCGUUUACACCUACAUCGCCCCCUGGCAGAUCACGUGGGGUUCAGCCUUCCACGCCUUUGCUCAGCCCUUUGCCGUGCCUCACUCUGCCAUGCUGUUUGUCCAGGCUGUAGUGUCAGCAAUCUUCUCCACCCCCCUCAAUCCCUUUCUGGGCAGCGCCAUUUUCAUCACUUCUUAUGUCCGUCCUGUCAAGUUCUGGGAGAGAGACUACAACACUAAAAGAGUGGAUCACUCAAACACUCGACUGGCCUCUCAGUUGGACAGAAAUCCAGGCUCUGACGACAACAAUUUGAACUCCAUCUUCUAUGAGCACCUGACCCGCUCCCUGCAGCACAGCCUCUGUGGAGACCUCCUCUUGGGCCGCUGGGGAAACUUCAGCACCGGGGACUGUUUCAUUUUGGCUUCUGACUACCUGAACGCGUUGGUGCACCUCAUAGAAAUUGGUAACGGCCUUGUUACCUUUCAGCUUCGAGGGCUGGAGUUCAGAGGAACUUACUGCCAACAGAGGGAAGUCGAAGCCAUCACUGAAGGGGUGGAGGAAGAUGAGGGCUGCUGCUGCUGCGAGCCAGGCCAUCUCCCUCACAUCCUAUCCUUUAAUGCUGCCUUUGGGCAGCGCUGGCUGGCGUGGGAGGUGCUGGUCACCAAAUAUGUUCUGGAGGGCUACAGCAUCACUGAUAACAGCGCUGCCUCCAUGCUGCAGGUGUUCGAUCUACGCCGCAUCCUCACCACCUACUAUGUCAAGGGUAUCAUCUACUAUGUAGUUGCUUCUCCUAAACUGGAGGAAUGGCUGGCUAAUGAGACCAUGAAAGAUGGCCUGCGGGGAUGUGGAGAGAGGAACUAUGUCGAUCUGGAUCCCACUUUCAAUCCCAACAUUGAUGAGGACUAUGACCACCGGCUUGCGGGCAUCUCCAGGGACAGUUUCUGUGGUGUCUAUCUGGGCUGGAUCCAGUACUGCAACUCCCGAAGGGCCAAGCCACUGGACAGUGAGAAAGACUCACCUCUGGUGCUGCUCUGCUUUGGACUGUGCGUGCUGGGAAGGAGAGCUCUGGGAACUGCAGCCCAUCAUAUGUCCAGCAAUCUGGAGUCUUUCCUUUAUGGACUUCAUGCUCUUUUUAAAGGAGAUUUUCGCAUCUCUUCAGUGCGAGAUGAGUGGAUCUUUGCAGACAUGGAACUGCUCAGGAAAGUUGUGGUGCCUGGUAUCCGAAUCUCUCUCAAACUACACCAGGACCACUUCACGUCCCCCGACGAGUACGAUGAGCCAGCAGUUCUUUUCGAGGCCAUCUCCUCUCACCAGCAGAACCUGGUCAUCGCUCACGAAGGGGACCCUGCCUGGAGGAGUGCCGUUCUGUCAAACGCCCCGUCGCUCCUAGCUCUGCGCCACGUCCUGGACGAAGGAACCAACGAGUAUAAAAUUAUAAUGCUCAAUAGGCGAUACCUCAGCUUCCGGGUUAUCAAGGUAAAUAAAGAAUGUGUCCGAGGACUUUGGGCAGGGCAGCAGCAGGAGUUAGUGUUCCUGAGAAAUAGAAAUCCAGAGCGUGGGAGCAUCCAGAACGCCAAGCAGGCUCUGCGUAACAUGAUCAACUCUUCUUGCGACCAGCCUAUUGGAUAUCCAAUCUACGUAUCCCCGCUGACAACCUCCUACUGCAACUCACACCCGCAGCUCGGACACAUCCUGGGAGGUCCCAUCAGCAUCGGAAACAUCCGCAACUUUAUUGUCAGCACCUGGCACAGAUUACGGAAAGGUUGUGGUGCAGGCUGUAAUAGUGGCGGAAAUAUCGAGGAUUCAGAUGCAGGGGGUUUGUCCUGCGGCAGUGGGAAUGGGACAGGUGGCGACUCUCAGCAGAGCUCAAUAUCUCAGGGGGGCACCUCAGGACCUCCCCCUCCUCACUCAUACCAGCCACAUACUCUGGGCACCAGUCAAAGUUCCCAGUCGGUUCAGUCGGGUUUGGUGCGGCACUCUCCCGCCCGGGCCUCCGUGGCGAGCCAUUCGUCAUCAUACCGCUAUGGCAGCAGCCGCCACUCCUCGCUUCGCACCUCCACCACCGGCCUGGAGCCCUGUCGACGUUCCUCUACCAGCCAGCUGUCUCUACGCACGCUCCCUACAUCUCUGCAGCUCCGGCUGGGCUCCACCUCUGAUCCCGCUGGCCCUUCAGCCUCCCUCUCCAGCCACAGCAUACCUCCCUGCAAACGUCACACACUGGUUGGCCUACUGGGCAAUGAUGGCCUCUGCAACACCGUGACAGACCCCCUCAGCCAGCACCAUCACCAUCAUCAACACCUACAGCAACACAACCCCACUGUCUCCACAGUACGGAGAGAUGACAUCUCCUACAGAGUGCAGAUUGUGGACGUGAGUCUGGUGCUGGAGAACAUUAACUUAUCGAAGCGGAAAGAGCUGCAGUGGCCAGACGAAACCAUGAGACUGAGAGCAGGAAGGACCUGCUGGAGAGACUGGAGCCCUUUAGAGGGCAUGGAAGGGCAUGUGAUUCACCGGUGGGUGCCUUGUAGCCGAGACCCAGCCAAUCGCUCCCAUAUAGACAAAACCAUCCUGCUGGUACAGGUGGAAGAUAAGCUAGUGCCCAUUAUUGAGACUGGGGUCAUUGAGUUGGGUGCAGAGGUUUGAGGAUAAGCAAGCACACAAACACAAACAGACACUUGCACGCACACAUAUACCCCUGCGCGCUUGCGUGGAGAUGAAGUCAGACCUUCUUCUGGCUUUUAACAGGAGGCUGGAGACAAACAGGAAAUGGGAGCUCUCCCCCCUCCCCCGUUCCUUACUGCUGAGGGGGAAAGGAAGCCAGGGAAAUGUGCAAGCACAGGCAGAGUAUACAUUUAUCCAAUGCUUUCAUCGACACUCACAUCCACAAUAUCUGCCUUGCUUUGCGUCUCAGAAAUGCUGCAUGACAGUAAACAACUCUUAAGUUAGUUCUUGCUACUGGUAAUUAAUUUCUAUGCAUUUCCUUUUCUUUUUUUCUUUUGGAAAUCCUGACAGAGCUGAGUGUAAGGAGCUCGUGGAGCUCUUUCUUCUUUCUUGUUUGUCCUCUAUUUGCCAAAUAAGUUUAUUGAAUAUCUGCUAUGGAUUCAUACAUGUGAAAUCCUUAUGUUUUUUAUUUUUUGUUUUUUGCUGCCAAGACUACAAAGAAAGUUGUGGUGCAGAACUGACAGAAGUCAGAGACUCGAUGUUGUCCUCAACACCCUCUGUUUCAUUGUUGUCAUUCCGUUUGGAUUAGUUUGAAAUUUGCAAGAUUAAUUUACGCCUAAGAAAAAAAGAACUUGCACUAUUUUUUUUUUUAAUUUACAGUGAUGGACUACAAUCUUUAGAUAAAUUCACAUUUUAUUUAUUACAGAUUCUGAAUGGCCAUGGUUACAGAUGCCUUGGGAAUGGAAAGAAAAAUGCAAUCAUUAUUCUGUUUUUGGCCAUUUUUAU